AUGGUUUUAGGACAUCACUGGAACAUUCGGGAAGUGGAAACACAGCUGCCUGCUCUACAGCAAUAUAAAGUCCUGGUUCAGUCUCAGGAACGAGAGCUGAGCCAGUUAAAGGAGAAGUUCCAGGAAGGGAGAGAUGCCGCCCGCGCAUUGAAUCACCAUCUCCAGGCCCUGCUCACUCCGGAUGAGCAGCCCAACUCUCAGGGGCGGGACCUCCGAGAACAGUUGGCCGAGGGCUGUAGGCUGGUACAGCACCUCGUCCGAAAGCUCACCCCAGAAAGUGAUGAAGGUGACGAUGAAGAUGUUGAAGUUGAGGAGGCUGAGAAAGUACAGGAAUCAUAUGCCCCCAGGGAGGUGCGGAAGGCUGAAGAAAAGGAAGUCCCUGAGGACUCAGUGGAGGAAUGUGCUGUCACUUGUUCAAAUGGCUAUGGCCCUUCUGAGUCCAACCAGCCUCACAAGAACUCCAAAAUCACAUUUGAGGAAGACCAAGUGGACUUGACUCUGCUUAUAGACCGUGAAUCGUCUCCUGAUGGAUGGCAGGAUGCUCUAAACCUUCUCCCAGUCCCUGGCUCCACCUCUUCUACCACAAACAUCAGCAUGGUGGUAUCUGCGGGCCCUUGGUCCAGUGAGAAGUCAGAGAUGAACACUCUCGAAAUCAACGAGAAAUUGCGCCCCCAGCGGACAGAGAACAAACAUCAGUUCCUAAACACCAAGGAGAAAUUUCUUGUAACUCAAGUGGCCUACUUUCUCUCCAAGGGGCAGAACACUUACAGUAAGUCUCCUUGAGGACAUUGUCUUAAAAAUCUCUAUUGCAAUAUUCGAACUGAUCACUCACCCCUUUCCACUGUUCAAUUUUCUCUACUAUCUCACCUUAGGCAAUAUAAAGUCCUGGUUCAGUCUCAGGAACGAGAGCUGAGCCAGUUAAGGGAGAAGUUCCAGGAAGGGAGAGAUGCCUCCCGCGCACUGAAAGAGCAUCUCCAGGCCCUCCUCACUCUGGAUGAGCCGGCCAACUCCCAGAGGCGGCACCUCCGAGAACAGCUGGCCCAGGGCUGUAGGGUGGCACAGCACCUCGUCAGAAAGCUCACCACAGACUAUGAAGAGUGCAAAGACCUCCUAAAAUCUAUGCUGAGGGAUGAGCUUCAGUUGAAGGAGGAGAAGCUUGCAGAGCAGCUCAGGCAAGCUGAGGAGCUCAG